UAAAAGGCGGAAACCUGACCCAAUCUGUCUCUUGCCACUUGCUUUCAUUUUGAUGUUUAUAAAGUUUCUGCAGUUUGUACGGCAAAAUUCAACGAUUAUGUCUCGACCACGCGUAUAUUUCGACAUGAGUGCUUCCGGGAACCCGUUAGGCCGCAUUGUGAUGGAGUUAAGAGCAGAUGUGGUUCCCAAAACUGCAGAAAACUUCCGUGCUCUGUGCACUGGCGAAAAAGGAUUUGGGUACAAGGGUUCUAGCUUCCAUCGUGUUAUUCCAAGUUUUAUGUGUCAGGGUGGUGAUUUCACUCGUGGCAAUGGAACUGGGGGCAAGUCUAUCUAUGGUGAGAAAUUUGCGGAUGAAAACUUCACAUUGAAGCACACUGGACCAGGUAUUCUGUCGAUGGCUAAUGCUGGACCAGGUACAAAUGGCUCGCAGUUCUUUAUUUGCACAGCAAAGACAACUUGGCUGGAUGGAAAACAUGUUGUCUUUGGGUCUAUAGUCGAAGGUAUGGACGUGGUCAAGAAAAUUGAAUCGUACGGCAGCGAUUCGGGAAAAACAUCAAAGAAAAUUGUGAUUGAUGAUUGUGGACAAUUGUAGACAUUAGGAAAUUUCUACCUCUUUUAUUAUAUAUGUGCAUUAGUCUGUAAGUCUUUGCUUAUUAUGUUAAUAAAACUCAUUGUUUGAAAGAA